AUGUUCCGUUCCCUUGUGCUACGCCCAAGCUCCAGAGCUGCCAGGUUGGAAAAAACAACGCUCAGGUCAAUUCCUCGCCAAUACCAGAAUCUCAGAAUGCUGCACCAGAAGGAUGAUGGGAAAUCUACCGAUGCGUCAACUCAGCCUGACGCUGCUGCCACGACUCUAACCGACCAGUACGAACACAUGCGGCUCUCGGGCACGCCCAAAACCGUUGGUGGCUACGAGGCUACCUGGCUCAACGCGCUAGCAGAGCGCGAAAAGCAGCUUGCGCAAGGCAAGAUCAUCGAUUCGUAUGUCUACAGUUCCGUGAAAUCGACCGAGGUUGGUGAAAAGACUCACAAGGACUCGUUUGCGUAUCUAACGUUGCCGUUCCGCGAGGAUCCCAACGUGGCUGAUUUCUACGUCAACGCUGCCGGAAGAUUGAGAAUGGGUCAAAUUUUCCAGGAUUUGGAUGCUUUGGCGGGGAGAAUCGCUUAUAGACACACCUCACCUGCUGAACCGGUUAUUGUGACUGCCUCUGUGGACCGAAUUUAUCUACUAAAGAGCAUCGACUGUAUGGUCGAUUACAACGUCAUUCUCUCAGGUGCUGUGGUCUGGACCGGUAGAUCCUCCAUGGAAAUCGCUAUCAAGGCCACCGCUAUUAAAGGUGACCUGCCCAAAGAAAUUACACAAGACAGCCUGGCCGAAAACGAUACUUUUUUGACCGCGUCGUUCACUUUUGUAGCCAGGAAUCCAGAAACUCACAAGUCCUUGGCUGUUAACAAACUUUUGCCUUUGAGCCAAAAGGAAUGGAUGGACUUCAGGCGUGCCGAAUCGCAUAACGCUGCAAAGAAACUACGUGCCGCUAGCGAAAGUUUGGAUACUAACCCUCCAACUGAACAAGAAUCUAGAAUAAUUCACAACAUGUGGGCCGCUUCGAGACAAUUGGCAAAAUUGUCGCAGAAACCCCCUAACAUCAUGUUUAUGAAAAAUACUAACGUUAAGUCCACUAUGUUCAUGCAACCCCAAUAUAGGAACAGACACUCCUAUAUGAUAUUUGGUGGUUAUUUGAUGAGACAAACUUUCGAAUUGGCUUACUGUGCUGCGGCUUCUUUCUCGCAUGCUUUCCCCAGGUUCGUGUCUUUGGACUCUACCCACUUCAAAGCCCCAGUUCCUGUGGGUUCUAUCCUACAUAUGGAUGCAACAGUUGUUCACACCGAACACUUGUACGAGCGCAACUCUAAACCUAAGAUCGCUUCCCUAGAUGAUAAAUCCAUUGAUGGUAAUACUGUGUUCCUUUUCGACCCAUCUCCCGUCAAUCAACUUUCAAGCAAUGAAGAAGCCAUGCUGUCUAAGCCCGGUACCCUAAUCCAGGUUAGGGUUGAUACCAUGGUACAAGAACUGGCAUCCGAGAAAAAGACCUCUUCGGGUUCAUUCAUCUUUUCCUUUUUUGCUCACAGGGACACUGAUGAUAAAGUCGGUAAACCUGGAUAUGCCACAGUGGUUCCAGAGAGCUACUCUGAAAUGAUUGAAUACAUUAGUGCUAGAAGACGUGCUAUCGAUACUGCAAUGUAUGCUAGUAACUUGAAGAGAAACAACAAGUUGUAA